UAGUACUAAGUAAGUACUUUAAUUAAAAAAUCACUCUGUCUUCUCUGACCUUCAUAUGAAGUAAUUAUAAAAUCAAACACAUUUCAUCAUCUUCUUACAAAUAGAGCAAAAAGGCAAAAUCAUAUUCAACAGUUUCCAAAAAUGGAACAAAUAGAGCACAAACAUGUUGAAGUGAACGGGCUAAAAAUUCAUGUAGCUGAAAUUGGAAGUGGAAAUUCCCCAGUUGUAGUGUUCUUACAUGGCUUCCCUGAAAUAUGGUAUUCUUGGAGGCACCAAAUGAUAGCUGUGGCCAAAGCUGGUUACAGAGCUAUUGCACCCGAUUUCAGAGGAUACGGGUUAUCGGAUCAGCCACCCCAACCCGAGAAAACCACCUUUCUUGAUCUUACCAAUGACAUCCUUGCACUUCUUGAUGCUCUUAAUAUCUCUAAGGUUUUUCUUGUUGGUAAAGACUUUGGAUCUAUUGUCAUUUCGCGUUUUGUCACUCUCUAUGAGGAGAGAGUCUCUGGAUUUAUUAGUAUGGGAGUGCCAUAUUUGCCUCCACAACCUCUCCAGUGGAAAGGCCUCCCUGAAGGCUUCUACAUUUCGAGAUUUGGGGAGCCCGGGAGAGCUGAAGCUGAUUUUGGCCGCCUUGACGCAAAAACAGUAGUGAGGAAUGUAUACAUUCUUUUCUCCAGAAGUGAAAUACCGAUAGCCAAUGAAGAUCAGGAAAUCAUGGACAUUGUGCAACCGUCAACUCCUCUGCCCCCUUGGUUCUCUGAGGAAGACCUGGCUGCAUAUGGUGCUUUGUAUGAGAACUCUGGAUUCCAAACUGCUUUGCAGGUUCCUUAUAGGUCACUCGCUGAACAGCUCAACAUAACAGAUCCAACAGUUCACGUUCCAGCACUGUUUAUUAUGGGAGAGAAGGAUUAUUUCCUCAAAUUUCCAGGAACCGAAGAUUACAUUAGUAGUGCAGGACUCAAAAGUUCAGUACCUAAUCUGGAGAUAGCCUCUCUGCCAGAAGGAAACCAUUUUGUUCAAGAACAACUACCCGACGAGGUUAAUCAACUCGUGCUAGACUUCCUUACUAAGAAUAGUAAGAAAUAAGUAUUCAUAUAGCCGACCUCAACUUGCUUGGGAUCGAAUCGUUGUUGUUAUUGUUGUUGUCUUUCCUUCUACUGGGAUGCUGUAUCAAGUCCUAGUUGUGUUCUACAUGUAAUAUUUUGCUGGAGACUGCAGCGACCCUGCAAUAUCUACGAUGCAUCCUGAAUACACCUGUCUAGUCUAAAGUAAUGUGUGAAAUUAUGAAAAACGAGGCUUGAAACAGCCAUGUUCCUUCUCUCUUUUCUUCUGUUAAUAUUAUGAAUGUUAAGUGCCUGGA